CUCUCCUGAGCUGCAGACCUCCUCAGGGAACAUGUGAGGCACAUCAGGACACUUUAGAGGACCAGCAGAUGUGGAUUCAUCUUUACAUGACUCCUGAGCUUUUUAAUCAACCUUUGCAUGAAGCCACAGAUCUGCUAUUUUGAUCAGAUCUGGUUCUGACUUCUCAAGAUUUAGGAUCUAGAUUUUAACAUCCAUUUAAUGAAAUCCAGGACUAUGAUGGUGAGCCAAGUCCUGCUGCUGCUGGUGGUGUUGUUGUUGGGACUCUGUCAAACCCACCCUGCCUCCACCCAUUCCACGUCCCCGGCUUCGGGUGUGGUCCCCGUAGCCCAGGUGAGGAUGCUCUCCCUGGGACUGGCUCACCUGCUGCAGGGGGUGGAAGAGAACGCCAAGCGACUGGAGCAGCAAGGGAAGCAGGUGGAAGCAGAGCUGGACGGAGUGACUAAGAGUGUGGAGAGCCUUCGUAAGCAGAGUCUGCAGGCAGGACGGACACGCAGGCAGGCGAGGAAGGACAUGCAGAUACUGAGAGCCAGAGGGGACCGGCUGUGGAGGGCGCUCAAAGAUCUGCAGAAGGGUAUGGAGGAUCUGGAGACGGAGCAGGGAGCCAUGCAGCAAAGAAUGAGCCAGAUCCUGCAGAGAGUGAAGAGCCUGAGCGAGCCCAGGCCGGGGGAUCAGACUCAGCUGGACAUGGGGUCUGUGAAGGUUUUCAUGGAUAAACAGGCCCGGCAGCUCGCCAGUCUAACUUCUGCAGUUUCAGCCCAGGAGAGAAUGAUUGACAGGCGACAGAAACACAUCGAUCACCUGGAGAAACAGGUUUCAAAAAGCUCCCAGCAGCCCUGAGGGCAGAUUCUGACUGCGUCUGAUGAACACAGCUGCAUCAACACAGACGCUGUGAACCAACUCACAGGAGACCAAAUGAAAUGUCCGGAAACUCACAAAAGGUUGCGUCACAUGUAACGAGUGUAUGUGUAUAAUUUGGAUUAAUUAGGUUACUGUUUGUUCACAACACAAAGGGUUGUAGAGGGUGUGUUGUUGUUGGUGCUUUGUUAUGACACGCGCUGUCCUCUGUUUGAAAGUGGUUCAAAAAUAAAACGUUCCUGCUCUCAUGUCAUCGUGGAUCUGACUUCCACAACAUUGUGGUUGAAGAUGGCGGUGAAACGUCACACACCCAAAUAAACAGACACACUCUGAAGUUGGAGAAACCUCCACACACUAAAGACACACACACAGCAAGUUUCAUAAACAAGAAAGAAUCUGUAAUAUAGUCCAGGUCAGACUCAUCAGUGUUUGU